AUGGGCUCGGCCAAUCAUGAGUCUCUCCCCCCCUCCCUGCACGUUUCUCCGGCAAGACAUAACAGAGCAAACCCUGAGGAGGCUCCCACACUGCUGCCUGCAAGCACGCUUCACACUGGAUUGUUGAGGCGAAACAGAAGGGAGUAUGUCUUUGGUUCCCCUUCCUCCUCCUCCUCCUCGUCUUCGUACUCUUUCUCCUUUGAAAGUUCAGGUGAGGUCUGUCUUAAUGGAGGCUCCUCAUUCCCAUCCUUGUCCACUGGUGAACACUCAUUUUGUCUGUGUGCUGAUGGCUUCGAGGGGACAAACUGUGAAACAGUGAAGGGCACCAGCUGCUACAAGGGUAUGGGACUGUCCUACAGAGGCACAGUGUCCCGCUCAGAGAGUGGACGGAGAUGUGUGGACUGGGAUUUGGAGACCAGGAUGUUGUAUAUGUCUGGAGAUGUCAACUCUGGGAGGCACAACUACUGCAGAAAUGUAGCCUAUAAAGAACGCCCGUGGUGUUACGUUCGGAGAAACCAGCAGCUCGUCUGGGAGUAUUGUGACAUUCAACGUUGUGGCUCCGAAACUGCUGCAGAGUCCAGCUGUGGUGAGCGCACCAGAAAACAGAUGAAGAUUGUGGGUGGAACAGUUGCCACUGUGGAAUCCCACCCAUGGGUCGCUGCCAUAUUUUGGCGCAGCAAAUCCAAGGAGAAGAUUUUCCGUUGCGGGGGCAGUCUGAUCUCCGCCUGCUGGGUCCUGACAGCUGCCCACUGUUUUCCCGAUGGUUCCCACACCAAAGUGAACCGCUUCUCUGUUAUUCUGGGGAAAAAUGCUCUGAAUGAGACCGACCCGACUGUGGAGCAAACAUUCGGAGUGGAAGAAAUCAUCAUCCAUGAAGGGUAUGACAACAUUGAGGGGAACUUCAACAAUGACAUUGCCUUAGUGAAGCUGAGGGCCAAACAUGGAACAUGUGCAAAGGAGAGCAACUCUGUGAAGACUGUCUGCCUCCCGCCUCCUCACCAGAGCCUCGUGCCUGGUGUCCCCUGUGAGAUCGCUGGAUAUGGGAAAGAGAAAUAUGGUUUGUGGUAUAGGUCCCAGUACCUCCGAGAGGCUCAGGUGAACCCUAUCGCCGACUAUGUGUGCCGACAAAAGGACUAUUAUGGAAACAUGAUAACUGAUAACAUGUUUUGUGCUGCUCGUCCCGACUGGAGCCAGGACGCCUGCGAGGGAGACUCAGGAGGGCCUCUGGUGUGCGAGACUGACAACAGGCUCUUCCUCUUUGGAGUGAUAAGCUGGGGCGACGGCUGCGCGAGGGAGUUACGACCCGGCGUUUACACCAGAGUGACCAAUUACAACCAAUGGAUAGAAGAGAAGACCGGACUGUCAUCCAUUGCUGCUGGGAGCAUGUUCCCUCAGAAGUGA